AUGAACCCCCUUUGGAAGGUCUACAAGAGCAAGGUGCUGAAGACCCUCAAUCCGGACCUGACGGAGGGCCCUGUGGAGGAGCAGAUCAACGAAGCGGAGAGCGACCUGACGCCAGUCCAGGAGGAUGAGGGCCCCAGCGCCAUGUCCCAGUUAGCCAAAAGGAUGCAGGGCGCAGGAGCCAAGGGAUGGCGGAGCAUGUCGGCGCUCUUCAGCAAAGACGACGAACACCAGCUACUGGAGUCCGAAACCCAGUCGGCUGCUGACCACCCGCUGGCAGCCAAACCCGAGGAGCUGCGGCCCAGCAAGCGGAAUACAGGAUUCUGGGAUAGCUUUGCCACCAAGUGGCAGCAGACAUCUACAAUGAGACAAGCAGCAACGGAGGGGGGCGGCGAGAGCUUUGAGGAGGCGGGGAUCGAGGGCAGGGGGCAAAGUCAGGAGGGGGAUGAGACGGGAGGUGGGGACGAAGCUGGAGGGGGAAGCAGUGGGAACAGCUUCUCCAAGUACUCCACCCUGGGAGGGGGUGGGGAGGAAACCCCCUUUAAAUGGACAUUUGUCACUAGCAAGCUGGCUGAGCUGAAGAGCAGGAGCCUGGCCAAGAGCAACUAGCCAACCGCCUCGGGGCCGCGGCCAGCGAUGGGGGGGUGGCAGGAAGCUGGCCACCUCGGAACUGCCACCUGCCCCUCCGACCUGCAUCUACGGGUCACGGAUGUGACCUCCACCCUUCUCGGUUCCAGCUGAGACAUUAUUGCAACGUUGGAAAAAGUUGCAAAAAAAACGUGUGAGCUAGAAUUCCUCCAGCCUUCCUUAACGUAGACGACUGCGCUCGUGUUUCUCACUUUCUCCUGUUGCAGCAAACUUUAUUGUCAUUGACACAGGGUUGAUGUUACAGUGUGGACAUGUAAGAAGUUAGUAUCUUAAUGUACUGCAAUGAGAUCUUUGACCUUCCAGUAGACAAUGUAUAUGUCAUAAAGAGGGAUCUGUUAGAUGUAGGGCGAUAGCAACUGGAACAGAAGAUAUGUAACAGCCUCCAUCUGUGGCCUCCUGACAGCUGCAGACUGAGUAAAACUUGAAUUGUCAUAGGAGCUAUAACACAACUAUUGCAGUGAAACGCCGUCUGUUCGCAUCUACUGCCGCUCUC